GUCUUACCAUCUGGAGGUGAUCCUGAAGAGACUCCAGCACCAGAACAACGCGCUCAGUUCAUCUCCAGACCACAAACCUUGCACAUGGUAGCUUAAAGUGCAGAGAGUGACCUGUUCCCUCCAUUGGCUGCCCCACUGACCGAUAGGGCAAGAUGGCACGGGAUAUGUCCGAUAAGGACAUCCUGAAAAUGGAGCUGGAACAACUUCAGAAGGAGGUUAAGAACACUAGAGAGCCUGUCUCUAAAACUGCAAAGGAGAUUUGUGAAUGGGUUGAGGCCCAAGCCGCAGAAGAUCCUCUUGUAAAAGGAGUUCCCGAGGACAAAAAUCCCUUCAAGGAAAAGGGUGGAUGCAUAAUAACUUAGCCUAUGUGAAUUCUUGUAGCAAAAGUAAGAUGUGUUCAUUUGUGCUAAUGAGAGCUGUUUAUCUGUUAUCUGAACUUAGAUGAGGAAUAAGCGCAUUGUGCUUAGCUUUAGCAUCUCUACUAGACGCCAUACAGACUGCAAGACACAGUCAAAAAGGAUUGUGUUUUGUAUUAAGGAUGGGGCCCUCUUGAAGCAAACUCUUUGUAAAUAAAACUGGCUGUAAUUCCAUUCUUGUUCCAUCUGUCAUUCCAUUAUCCAAAAAAUAAAGUCACAUUCAGAAAGCAAAAAA